ACCACCAGUCCCCGCUGAAGAUGGGUGCCGACAAACCCAACGGAGUCGUCAACUACUGCCGAAGACCUCCUCAGAGACCGUUCCUCCAGAAAAUCCAGUAUGCGAUCUGGAAUCCUGAGGAGAGAACCUUCCUCGGCAGAACUCCUAAGAGAUGGGGUGUAAUAGGGCUCAUAUACCUGGUGAUGUAUAUCUGCAUCAUCAUCUUCUUCUCCAUCUGCAUGUGUGGGCUGCUGGCCACCAUGGACGACCGGAUCCCGUACUUCACGCUUGCUGACUCCAUCAUCGGCAAUAACCCUGGCAUGGGCCACAGACCGCUGCUCUUCGAAGAGGGAGCGCUGAUCUGGUACGACCAGUCUAACUCCACGCAGGUGAAGAAGUAUGUCGACAAUAUCAACGAGUUCCUUGCGCCAUACCGCAACAAAAGCCUGCUAAUCAACCAGGGCGUGAACCAGCGCGAGUGUGGUUCUAUGAAGCCUCCGCGGGAAGAGGUGUGCGCCUUCGACGUGGUCAACCAGUUCGGGCCCUGCACCAAGGAGAACAACUACGGCUUCGACCAAGGGACUCCGUGCAUCAUCAUCAAGCUUAAUAGGUUAUAUGACUGGAAACCAAUCUUCUACGACGAUCCCGGGGAUUUGCCGCAGAACAUGCCUCCUUACAUCAAAAACUUCAUCAAUAACACAACGCCAGAACGACGCCGCAGCGUGUGGCUGACGUGUAUGGGGGAGAGACCAGCGGACGUGGAGGCCCUGGGUCCUCUGAAGUACUACCCGUACCCAGGGGUCCCUGAAGUGUUCUUCCCGUAUGACAACACCCCUGGCUACCUGAGCCCGCUGGUCGCUGUACAGCUGGAGAAGCCAGCGUUGGGCCAAAUAAUAAACAUCCGCUGCAGGGCGUGGGCGAAGAACAUCGUCUACACCGAGAGCCUCAAGGAGCGGCUCGGGUCCACCCACCUGGAAAUCAUGAUCGAUAAAACUUCAGAACCGGUGAACAUUACCACCGUUUAGGAAGAACUCUCUUACAUUUUAUAUUAUAAUAGACAGAAAAUAAAAUCCUAACACAAAGCCACUUUCCGGGAAAAUGCGGAAAACUUUUUUUAGAUAAUGUUUAAGUAUAAUUUUGAACAGUUUUGGAAGUGCGUCAAUAGGCCGUACAGCCAAACGAAUGGACCUAAGUACUUAAUAGAUUAAGGGCCUAUUUCACCACUAAAAUCAAUGAUAGCGUGUAAGGGUGGAUUCGACUAAACAAGAGUAUUAAUAUUAAUCUCAGAUUAAAUAGUCAGUUAUUCGACAUUUUGACAUAUUUCCCAUACUGAAACUGUCAAUGUGCCAGUUAUAGCAGGAGUUAUUCUCGGAUAAAAGUUUGGUCAAAGCGGGCCCAAGCAGGCUUUACAACUUUAGGUUUAGAUAUCUGACACAUGACGGAACUGGAACCAGAUAACCUAAGUAUAAUUAUUAUUAUGUAAAACUUUUUUAGGAAUCGUGAAAAUAGGCCCUUAGUUUUUAGAUCUAGUCACAUUGAAUUAAGAAGUAAAUAUAAAAUGCUUGGAUACUAUUACUAAUGGGAUACAUUGAUAUCCCAUGCCACUUUUAGGCCUAUGAUUAAAUUACAACUUUCAUAAUAAUUUUUAUAUUGAAUUUUCUUACAUUUCUAUAUUAUGAAAAACUUAAUAAAACCAUGCCAUGUUAACCAAAUGAUGACAUAUCAGUGAUAAUGUUUACAUUAACCUAAGUAAAUGAAAGACUAAUGAAAAAUAAACACUACCUAUUAGGGAAGAAAUGUUGAAAGUCAAAUAUCUUAAUGUGUAUCAAAAACUAUUGUGCUUUGUAAUACGAGGACUUUGUGUUGUAUUUAAGGUGAAUGAAUAAAUC